AGCAUCCGAUUGAGAGAGAGAGAGAGAGAGAGAGGUAGGGAGAGGUAGGUGGUAGAAGCUUCUGAGCAAAGAAUGAGAAAUCCCCAAUGUUCUUUGUGGAUCUUCACCGUUCUGAUCACUUUCUUCCCAAUCGCAGACGCGGCCACGGAAACCAUCACGGCGGCGCAGCCUCUCUUCCCCAACCAAACCAUAGUCUCUGCCGGGGAAGUUGUGGAACUGGGCUUCUUCUCCCGGGGAAAUUCAAACAAAUGGUACGUCGGGGUUUGGUAUAAGGACAGUGAUCCAAGCAGAACCGUCGUCUGGGUUGCUAACAGAGACAACCCAUUGACAAACAGCUCGUCUGGUUCGUUGAAAAUCGGCGACGAUGGAAACCUUUUGCUGGUUGACGAAGCUGCAAAUAUAAUAGUGUGGUCAUCGAGGUCGAACCAGACGAGCUCGGCGAGCACCGUGGCGCAGCUUCUGGAUUCGGGCAACUUAGUUGUUCGGAGAGAAAACGACGUCGAUCCGGAGAAUUAUCUGUGGCAAAGCUUUGACCAUCCGACGGACACUUUCUUGCCGGGGAUGAAGCUGGGUUGGGAUGCAAAAACUGGUCUUAACAGGUACCUAACUUCGUGGAAGAGAAAUGACGAUCCACCAACUGGUGACUAUUCUUUCAAGAUAGACGUUCAUGGAUUGCCAGAGCUAUACUUGUGGGCCAAAAAAGCAAGAGUGUAUAGAACAGGGCCGUGGAACGGAUUAGGAUUUAGCGGCGUUCCAGAGAUGGGUCCCACCUACAACAUCAGUUUCAUAUUUGUAACGGAGAAAGACGAGAUUUCAUAUUCAUUUCAGCUGGAAGACAAGUCCCUGAAUUCUAGGUUGACUUUGAACACCAUCGGCGUUGUGCAACGCUUCGCUUGGAUAAUAGGUACAAGCCGGAAUCCGACCCUCUUCUGGUACUCGCCGAAAGACCAAUGCGACAACUACAUGGAAUGCGGCGUUUAUGGUGUUUGUGACAUUAAUGCUUCACCGGUCUGUAAAUGCAUCCAAGGGUUCGAGCCCAAGGAUCCACGGUCUUGGAAGAUGAGAAAUGGGUCUGGUGGCUGCGUAAGGACUUCGAAGUUGAGCUGUCAUGGAGAUGGGUUUUGGCCGUUGAAGAACAUGAAGGUGCCGCAGACUUCAACGGUGUUCUCUAACAAAAGCAUGAGUUUGUUGGAGUGCAAGCAGGCUUGCAUCAGAGAUUGCUCGUGCACUGCGUAUGCCAAUUUGGACAUUAGGCAAGGUGGCUCUGGGUGUGUGAUGUGGAGCGGUGAUCUUCUUGAUAUGAGGCAGUACGCCGGCGGAGAAGGCGGCCAAGAUCUAUAUGUGAGAGUUUCUGCCGCUGAUUUAGAAACAGGUGGAAGCAUCGGAAACAAUAAUAAUACUAGUAAAACUGGACAAAUUGUUAUGAUCGUCGGCAUUGCGGUUGGUGCUGGUGUUUUGCUAUUAGUAUCAGGCAUAUGUUUUGUACGACAAAGAAAGCGAAUGCAAAGAGCAUUGAGAGAAAAGAUUCAACGUAGAGGUUUACGUAGAAGAAAUCAAGAUAUGUUAAUGAGUGAAGGGGUCAUAGCAAGCAAAGGAGAGUAUUCCAAUGAGAGCGCAUCAGAUGAACUAGAGCUACCAUUGUUCGAUUUGGACAUCAUAGCAAUGGCAACAAACAAUUUUAGCGAUGAAAGUCAGCUUGGAGAAGGUGGUUUCGGCAUUGUUUACAAGGGUAUGUUACCGGAUGGGCAGAGAAUAGCGGUGAAGAGACUCUCAAAGAAUUCUGGGCAAGGGACAAAGGAGUUCAAGAACGAGGUUCGAUUGAUUGCAAGGUUGCAGCAUAGGAACCUUGUGCGCCUGCUCGGUUGCUGCAUAGACACGGAAGAGAAGAUGUUGAUAUAUGAAUACAUGGAAAACAAAAGCCUGGAUUUCAUUUUAUUCAAUGAAGAGAAAUGCUCGUUGCUAGAUUGGCAAAGGCGCUUUAACAUCAUCAAUGGGAUUGCUCGAGGGCUUCUCUAUCUUCAUCAGGAUUCGAGAUUUAGGAUCAUUCACAGAGACCUUAAAGCAAGCAACAUUUUGCUUGAUAAAGAAAUGAAUCCAAAAAUAUCAGAUUUUGGCCUGGCAAGGAUUUUUGGUAAUGACCAGACUGAAGCAAAUACAAAAAGAGUCGUUGGAACAUAUGGAUACAUGUCUCCAGAAUAUGCAAUGGACGGACUUUUUUCGAUAAAAUCAGAUGUUUUUAGCUUCGGUGUACUGGUACUCGAGAUAAUAACUGGCAAGAAGAAUAGAGGAUUUUACAAUACUGAGGAUGAGCUUAAUCUUCUUGGACAUGCAUGGAGGCGAUGGAGAGAAGGAGAAGUAAUAGAACUAGUCGAUCCUGCAACGAGGGAUUCGUAUUCGCCAUACGAGGCGGCUCGGUGCCUACAAGUGGGGCUCUUGUGCGUGCAGGAGCGAGCAGAAGACAGACCAUCUAUGUCAGCUGUGGUGCUGAUGCUGAGCAGUGAAAAUGCUCCGUUGGCUCAGCCAAAACAGCCUGCUUUUUGCCUGGGAAGGAACCCUUUGGAAAGAAAUUCACUGUCCAGCAAGCAAGACGAGUCAUGCACUGUGAACCAAGUCACAGUUACGAUGAUCGACGGCAGAUAGCAGCCGACUGGUGAACUUAAGACUCCUCGAAAGAGUUGGAAUUUUCUGAUACAGGUAACAAAAGAAAAGACUCAAAAUGCCAAAGAAGGCUGUUGCCCGACAGCCCUGGAGAUUAGGUCUCCUGAAGACUCUCCCGUAAAGCAAUCCCGCAAAGGGAGGAAAGAAGUCCCGAGAGACCUGGAGGUUUCCCAGAUACUCUUCCGUGGGGUUUUCCCAAUGAAGAAGUGCAAAUAGAUAACGAAAAUCUUUCUAAUAAUCUCACAAAGGAUAAGGCUUAUCCAUAAGAGUCCAAAUCCUUGUCAAUAUCGAAAUACCAGGUCCUCUCCCCCCACUGUACCUCUCGCCAACUACAAAGCUCUUCGAAGGCAGCAUGAGGAGACUGUGCAAGCUCUCAAGGGGGAUGGCAUGUUUAUCCCAGAAUAUCAUACCUCAAAAGAUAUUUCUGUCAAGCACUCAAAAUGGGAGAUUUAUUAAACUCAAGAAUCAUUUUAUUCGUGAUUUAGUUAACAAAGGAGAAAUUUGAUUGGAGUUUAUCAAGACAAAUGAGCAAACUGCAAAUGUAUUCACCUAAGCCGUAAAAAAGGAAAAACUUGAAUGGUUCAAGGAGCAACUGAAAAUUACAAAUUAAGAGCGAUUGAUGGAAAUGUAAUUUGCAAUUUUUUAGAAGCAUUAAAGACGUAGAUAAAUAAGAAUAACUCUUUGAUUCUGUAUAAGGAAGCUUAAAUGUCUUUCUAGAAUUUUCUAACAUCAAGUAUAAAAGAAAUACAUUUGGUUCAAUAUUAAUUAAUGAAAUAUCAGCCUAAAAAUUCAAGAAAAACAACUCUCUAAUGUGUAACUCUGCAAACCAUCGACUUAUUCUUCUUUUUCUUCAUUUUAAACCCAUCAGAAAUAUUCUAGUAGUACAACAAUAUUUUUUUUUUAAAAAUCUAACCUAUAAUGACGUAAUAAACAAGAAGAUACUCAGAAUUUAUUACAUUCGGCUGGCCUUCUCGUAACAUCAUUACUUUUAACUUGCAAGCUUAAUUUAAAAGAAAUAAAUUGAGAAAGACCACAUAAAGCCGACCAUGUGAACAUAAUGGUCAAGUUGAUAUGUUGUUCCAACAUGGGAAUGAUUGCUCAAUAGGAUAUAUAGAUCUUUAACUAAUAAAAACCAGCAAGAACGUUUAUUAGCCUAAGAUGUUCACAGGGCCAGCCCAAGGCCCAGUGGGGCCCUAGGCAAUAAUAAAUUUUUUUGGAGAAGGGUGGGUGUUGUAU